GCUGGAAUAAGUAUUGUGAAACGUUUUUUUGAUCAUUAUGAUCAUUAAGAGAGGGCUGCCUAUUAGAUGUUACUUUACCUUUGUAUUCGCUCUCGCCUUUAUGGGAUGCGCUUUCUUCUGGUUUAUCAGUACUUAUCAAAUUUCAAUUAAACCGUUAUUUAAAAUAAAUGAAAUUUUAAUUGGCGAUAAAGGUAGACUUAUUGAUUUGGAAAAUUUUACAUUUAUUUUAAAUCAUGAUAUGUGUAAAAAAACUCAACCUUUUCUAUUAAUAAUGGUUCAUACUGCUCCAAAAAAUUUGGAAAAAAGGAAUGCUAUUCGCGAAACCUGGGGUCAAGUAUCAUCAUCUGUAAUUACUGUUUUUCUUGUUGGCUGGUCUGAAAAAGAUCAAAUAAACAUUUUAACGGAAAAUUUUAAAUAUGGUGACAUAAUUCAAGGAAAUUUUGUUGAUUCUUAUAGAAAUUUGACUUACAAGCACGUCAUGGCUCUAAAAUGGUUCACAUAUUAUUGUUCUAAUGCCAAAUACAUACUAAAAUUGGAUGAUGAUGUAUUCGUGAAUAUUGCUGCAGUAUUGGAUUACUUGAAUUAUUUGCCUCCUUUGGUAACUAGAAGUUUUAUAAUUUGUAAUCCUCAAAUAAGAAUGCCAGUAUUAAGAGGCAAUAGUACAAAAUGGGGAGUAUCAUUUAAAGAAUAUCCAGCAAGUUAUUAUCCAAAAUAUUGCUCAGGCUGGGCUGUUUUUUACUCUCCUGAUUCAGCGAUUUUAUUAUAUCGUCAAGCUCAAAACGAAUCUUAUUUUUGGAUAGAUGAUGUGCAUGUUACUGGAACCAUAGCUUCAAAAGUUAAUGUAACUAUAUUGUCAUUUAGGUCACUUAUGUUGUCAUUUGAGGAGCAAAAUUAUAUUCUACAUAAUUCUACUUGUUUUAAAAAAUUUUUAUUUGGGUCUUUAAAUUUGCAACCAAACGUAGUGAGAUCUCUUCACAGUAUUGUUUCUCGUUGUUCAGUAAUGAGUGAUCACAAAUUUGUAAAAAUAUAAAUUAAACUGUAAUUAUUACGUAAUUUUAAAAAUUAGCACAAAGUUUGGAAAUCUUUCAUUAACUUUUUCCAAGAUUCCACAAUCAAUGUCUGCGCACGCGCACAAAAUAAAGUUUGUGGAAUCUUGGAAAAAGUUAAUGAAAAAUUUCCAAACUUUUGAAAUUGUUCUAAUAAUAGAUAGAAAACAAAA